UCUACUGUACUUUAUUUUAAAUCUGCUACCGUUUAUUUAAAAUUCUUGCCACCAUCACGUGUUCUGCAAUCGUCAUCAGAAAAAUCGCGCAUGCGCGGUAAACCUAUCCCAUCUAACAUCACUGAUCGAUAAUCACAGUAGUAUGUGUGUAUGUACAAACAUCGGAGCCCGUGACAAUCCUGACUGCACUCGGCUGCCCGUACGGGCGACCCUGCCAGACCCUGCUGAGCAUUCUUGGAUUAGAACAAUUAAAACUCAACUUAAAGAUAUACAAAUAUCUUCAGAUAAAAUAAUUAUACCAAAUGGAGAAGGUCAAGAAGAGACUAGAGUUGCUUCAUAGCAAUCAAUCUCAGAACAUACUGCGAAACUUAAUGCUCAGAGAUUUUGGAUUUUGUACAUUACAUAAAAGUGGCACCCGUGAAUUAGAAUCAAUAGCUGAAAGGAAUCUAGUUUUAAAAGAUCACAAGGAAUUGCAAUGUGAUCUACCUGGAGUUCCUAGAACAACGUUUAUGAUAGUUUUUAGUCCUGAUGGAACUAAGAUGGCAUCGACUCAUGGUAAUCAUAACGUCUAUAUCAAUGAAAUUGCAACUGGAAAAAAUAUUAAAACUCUUAGCGGUCAUCCACGUACUCCAUGGUGCAUAGCAUUUCAUCCUUCAUCUAGUCACAUACUAGCUUCUGGUUGCCUUGGUGGACAAGUUCGCGUUUGGAAUUUAAAUGGUGGUUGUAAAGUUUGGAAUUCAGAAAAUCUAACAUGCAUAUCAUCCCUUGCUUUUCAUCCAUCUGCAAAAUUACUCGUUAUAGCGACGCAUAAUGAAAUACAUUUUUGGGAUUGGAGUCAAUCCACGCCAUUUGCAGUAGUAACUACUAACAGGGAAAAAGUAAGAUAUGUAUCUUUUGACAAUUUAGGGGGAAAAUUAAUAACUGCUAUUGAAAACAUUUCACGAAUUGAUCGUUUAAGGAGACAUUAUGACGGAAAUAUAUCAAGACCUACCUGGCAUUCGGUAAACUUAAAUAUAUUACGCUCGAUUCGUAGUUGUCGGUUACGUAGAUAUUACCGUCGUUGUCAGAUUUUAAAUAAUUAUGAGAUAAGAACUGUUCGGAAUUCGAAUAAUCAUGAAAUGGUUCAGUGCUGUAGAACCAUUCCCACAGAGCGUUUAAGAACUAAUUCGUCAACGAACAAUCCACUACUCGAUACUGUAACUGUUGAGAGCUAUAAUAAAGAUUUUAUAUCACGAAAUACAACGUUUAAUCAAAAUGAUAAUGUUACUUUUCAACUGCACACUACUGAUGAUGGUCGAACGAAUAAUUAUGAAAACAUAGAUGAAAGAAAUUCCAAUUCAAACACAGAAACUAACAGUACUGUGUUGAAAUAUAAUAUUAAUAAUGAAACUAUAAACAGUAAAUUAUUAGAUACUAAAGAAAUUGACAAUAUUUUAAAUAGCGAUAGUUUAGACCAACUAGAAAGGAAAGGAGAAGAGAAGCGUAUAAAUCCAGAAGCGUUAUCUAUUCAAAGUUCGGUUCGUGCAUUUGUUUCUACAGAGAAAAAAGACAACGACGAAGAGACCACAGAAUUAAAUGUUAAUUAUAACGAUACUCCAUUGAAAUCUAUUUCAAGUAUCUCUUUAAAUUCUACAAAUGAAACGGUUAACAAUUUUCAAGUACUUUUAGGAACUGAUCAAAAGGAAGAUAGUAAUACUGAUGAUAAAAAAUUUUACAGUCAGUGUCAACCGUCAACGUCAAAAGGAUUUACAAGUUUAACAAAUAAUUGUAAUGGAAACUUUAUGAAAUCAGUCAUUACUAAUGGUAGCGAGAGCAAAGAAAAUGUGAAACUUACUACUCAGUUGCAAAGAAAUAAGUUGUUACAACAAUUAUGUGAGAGUUUAUUGGAAAAUAUACGGCAAUCUAUUGGAAGCAGUAAUGUUGAUUCCAUGUUAUCAGUUCGGAAUAAUUCUGAUAGAAACUCAACUUUUCCUGCAACAGCAGAUGGAGUAGAUAGAGUUGAAUCAUGCUUGCCUAAUAUUUUAAAUUUCAUCGACAAAGUAUCUAAUAAUUCUGCGCCAAGAACAUCUCAGAUAUUAAAUGCAAGGAAAAAAUAUUAUUCGACCCACGAUGAAACGAAUAGUAAUGGUUUAUUUACCAAUACAACAAAUUCCUCUUGUUCUUGCUUACAUCAUUCGGAAAUCUCUGAAUCUAGAACGGGGAUUCCACACUCCCAUUACUUUGAAUGUAUCAAUAAUUCCAGGCCAAGGAUAACAGCAACACGCAGAUAUAAUGAUAAUACUGAUUUUAAUGGACCGACUCAGAAGUUUCAGAGUUACCGUGUACAAGCAUGGGAUUUUUCUAACGGAGAAAUGCCUGACAUUACAAACUCUGAAAAAAAUAUUGUUGUUCGUGACUGCCAUAUUUUUAACGAUAGCAGUAUAGAUAUCUCUUCGGAUGGGAAACUAUUAGCAGCAUAUUGUAAUACUACGAUAGGAAUCUACAGUUUGCAAUGGGAAACAUUAGGUGAAAGAAUGUAUUCAACUGAAAGAUAUAAAUCUUCAAUUUCUGUAUCAAUUUCACCGACGCAACAACACCUUUUAGUUGGUUCAACAAAAUCUAUCGGUAUUUAUAAGCUUGUAAACGAAGAAUCUGAAAACCAGACGGAAGUACCAUUAGAUAUAAACGAUAUAAAUUAUCGUAAUUUAUGUGAUUGGAAGCCAUACAGUAUUCUUUGGCCUCUUCCUCUCAGGUAUUUAAAUAUUAGUGAUUUAAAUAUUAAAUAUUUAACUAAAAAAGGUAGUAUGGUACUUGUUAGGGAGUUACUACAAAAUGAUCAAGAAGUUGAUAGAUAUAAGGCUAUAAACUGCAUCGGAUGGGCACCGCAACCUGGACAAGGAUUAGUUUAUGCCACAAACACUGGACAAUUAAAUAUUCUUUAUUAAUGCAUUUAUAAUAUUACGAUACUAAAACAAACAUUCAGUUCCAGUACCGAUAUAAUUAUUUUAUUAAACAAAAUUACGUAUGGAAGGAAGUUUAUUAAUAAUUCUGAACUUUCAUAAAUUUGUAAACUAUAACAUAGAGUAUGCAGAAAAUUGAUGAAUUCAUAUUUUACUAUUACAUAUAAUUUAAGCAAUUAAAUUACUUGAAAAUGAUCAUUAUUAUUAACGUGUACUUAAGUUUGCAUAAGACCUAUCCUAUAUUUUUAAAAGUAAUUUUAUAUAUUUUAAUUAAAAAAUUGAAAAUAUACCACAAUUUAAAUAGUGUACCAAUUUUAUUUCAUUUUGAUCUUAUGCUUAUCUUUUCUCUGAAAUUUACUAAUUUUAAUAACAACAAUACUAAUAAAAAGGGAUUUAUUUGAAUUGAAAGUUAUUGGUAUAUAUACAUAUCUUGUAUUUAGUAAUUUACCAACAUAGAAGCAUUAAAAUUGUAUAAUUAUAAAUACAUAGAUUAUUUGUUUGUUAGCUAUAAGGAUACAUAACGUUAUUAGAAAUAGGCAGUCGAUAAUCGUUUAACUAAAUCUAGGAAAUUAUCCAUCAUCAUACAACAAACUAUUUAAUAAUUCAGGAGUUUCUGGUUGUUUCAAACAAAGAGAUAAUUUAUCUUGCAAAUUUGUUGAAUAUUUAUUUUGUUCCAAUUGGCCAAGAUCACGAUCUAGUAUCGUUUCAAUUUCUUCAUCGAUGUACAAAGAAUUUUCAUAUAUUUUUGUAACAUAUGAACUACUUUGUUGCGUAGAAUUUAUCGUUUCGUUUAUUGUAUUUUGUAAUUCAAUCUCUGACAUAUUUAUCGUAUGAAAAUUAUUUAAUUCGGCUGGUACAUCACAGUCGACAAUUUGAUUAUCGUAUUGAGCCUCCCUUCUUAAAUCGGUCAAAGAAGCAGAUAUCUGAUGAUAUUUCACCUGAUGUACUUUUAAAUUACCAGUUUGCGAAAAUGUUUUUAAACAAAACGUACAAUGAUAAGGUCUCUCCCCGGUAUGGCACCGUGAAUGUCUUUGCAAUUUAUAUUUUGUCACAAAUUGCUUACCACAUUCCGAACACAUAAACGAGUUAUUUUCUGUUGGCAAGUUUUGAUUAUUAACAGAUUGUUCCAUAUCCAUAUGAAAACUUAUCAUAUGAGAUUUCAAUGACACUUUAUAACGAAACGACUGAUGACAAUUGGCGCAACGAAAUUCUUUCUUUCCUUCAUGUCUCUCUUUAUGUUUCAUUAAUAUUUCUUGUUGAUUGAAUGACAUUUUACAAAUCUAAAAAUAUUUCAAAGAUUUCUUAAAACCUGUCACAUAUACAUGACUAUAUAAUAAAAACAUAUAAUUACUAUACAACCAUAACAGUCUUUCUAUUACUAACAUUACAAACAAAAGGCCUUUGUCCAGUGUGAAUACGUUUAUGUCUGAUUAAAUGAGCCUGACAUCUAAAGCUUUUAGCACAUAUUGGACAUACAUUUUUCCUUAUUCCAUCUUUGUUUAAAGUACUUUUAGGUACUGUCUCAUUUACUUUCAAUU